CGCUCCGCGCCCCGCGGACACGGACACGGACACGGACACGGACACGGACACGGACACGGACACGGACACGGACCGGGACCGGGACCGGGACCGGGACCGGACCGCGCACACGGACCGCGCACACGGGCCGGGACCGCCCCGCCGGCCGCCGCUCCGGGGGGACGCCCGCAGCCCGCCGGCAUGGAGCCGUAGAGGGGAGCUGCUGUGGAGCUGCCACAGAAAGUGAAAGAUGAAGCCUCUUGUUUUCUUGGUUCUUGUGAUCUGUACUGUAGUCAGCAUGAAUUUGAAGCUCGUGUCAAAGAGAAAUUCUGUUGAUGGUUGCAUUGACUGGUCAGUGGAUCUCAAGACAUACAUGGCUUUGGCAGGUGAACCAGUCCGAGUGAAAUGUGCCCUUUUCUACAGCUAUAUCAGAACUAAUUAUAGCAUGGCCCAAAGCACAGGUCUUAGGCUUAUGUGGUACAAAAACAAAGGAGAUUUAGAAGAACCCAUUAUAUUUUCCGAAGUUAGGAUGAGCAAGGAUGAAGAUUCCAUAUGGUUUCACUCGGUUAAGCUGCAAGACAGUGGUUUCUACACAUGUGUUCUAAGAAACUCGACGUAUUGCAUGAAGGUGUCCAUGUCCUUGACGGUAGCUGAGAAUGAAUCUGGGCUUUGCUACAACAGCAAGAUCAGAUACCUGGAAAAAUCAGAAGUCACUAAGAGAAAGACAAUCUCCUGUCCUGAUAUUGAGGAUUACAAAACAGCCAGUCAAGAGCCAGAUGUGGUGUGGUACAAGGAAUGUGAGCCAAAAAUGUGGAGAAGCGUUGUAAUUCAGAAGGGAAAUACUCUCUUAAUUCAAGAGGUCCAGGAAGAAGAUGGAGGAAAUUAUACCUGUGAACUAAAAUUUGAAGGCAAGCUUAUACGAAGGACAGUUGAAUUGAAGGUUACUGCUUUACUCACAGACAAACCUCCAAAGCCAUUGUUCCCCAUGGAGAACCAGCCAACUGUUAUAGAUGUCCAGCUGGGAAAUCCACUGACUGUGGCCUGCAAAGCUUUCUUUGGAUUCAGUGGAGAAUCAGGCCCCAUGAUCUACUGGAUGAAAGGGGAAAAAUUCAUAGAAGAACUAGAAGGUCACAUUAGAGAAGGCGAAGUCAGACUCCUCAGAGAACAUCUUGGAGAAAAAGAAGUUGAGUUGACAUUGAUCUUUGAUGCUGUAGAGGAGGCAGACCUGGCUAACUACACAUGUCACGUGGAGAACAGAAAUGGACGGAAACACGCCAGUGUUCUUCUGCGCAAAAAAGAUUUGAUCUACAAAAUAGAACUUGCUGGAGGACUGGGAGCCAUUCUUCUUCUGCUUAUUUUGCUCGUGACCAUCUAUAAGUGCUACAACAUAGAGUUAAUGCUGUUCUACAGACAGAACUUUGGAGGAGAUGAAGCAGCUGAUGACAACAAAGAAUAUGAUGCUUAUCUUUCAUACACCAAAGUGGAUCCCGAUGCGUUAGAUCGUGAUAAUAAUGAAGAGGAGCAGUUUGCACUUGAAAUUCUGCCAGAUGUUCUAGAAAAGCACUAUGGAUAUAAGCUCUUCAUUCCAGAUAGGGACCUGAUCCCUAGUGGAACCUACAUUGAAGAUCUCACAAGAUGUGUUGAGCAAAGCAGAAGACUCAUUAUCGUGUUAACUCCAGACUAUGUUCUCAGGAGAGGAUGGAGUAUUUUUGAGAUGGAAAACAGACUCCAUAACAUGCUAGUCAGUGGAGAAAUCAAAGUUAUUUUGAUUGAGUGUACUGAAUUAAAAGGGAAGGUGAAUUAUCACGAAGUGGAAUCAUUAAAGCACACCAUCAAACUUCUCUCAGUGGUCAAGUGGAAAGGACCAAAAAGCAGCAAACUGAAUUCUAAGUUUUGGAAGCGCCUAGUCUUUGAAAUGCCAGGGAAGAAAAAGGAGGUGGUGUCUCGGCAUCAGGUCCUGGAUUCUGCAGAGCAGGGCCUCUUUGGAGACCUCCAGACUGUGCCCUCUCUUGCCGUCACGGGCACCUCUGCCACGCUGGUGGAGUCGCGGGCGGGUUUGGGCGAUUUCCAGCAGGCAGACUCUGUGCACAUGAGGCACUACUGCCGCGGCUACGAGUACGACGUGUCUGCGGCCACGCUGCCCAUGGCCUCCGUCAGCAACCACCACACGUACUGUAACAUCCCCCUGACGCUCCUCAACGGACAGCUACCUCUCAACAACGCCGUCAAGGACCCCCAGGAGUUCCACAGGAACAGCCCCUUGCUACCUUUGUCAGCCAAGGAGCUCAGCUUCACCAGUGAUAUCUGGUAGAACAUCAGGGCUCUUUGGAGAUGCUUCAUGGCCACCAUGAAGAGAUGCCUGUAAAGAACUUUGCCCUACCCACAUGGGGUGAGAAAACCUACUCAAAGCAGCAGCACACUUGUUUGCUUUUCUACUUGAACUUUUUUGUUUACAUUUACAAAUUAUUGACGAAGGGGGCAUUCUUUUGUAACUCAGUAAUGUCCUUCCUGUCUUUUAAUGUACAGUUUUAUUGCUUCUUUAAAAAGGAGGGGGGAGAGAAAAAACGCAUCCCGUCACUUCACAGUAGGUUUACAAUCUGGGACGGAUAAAAGGUCACUGUGUACGAUCUCCAACAUCCAUACAUAUUUAAGUAACAGUAUUUGGAAUACACAGACGUUGUUGGGUUUUUCAUACAGACUACAGUACAAUUUGAAAUUCGAAUCAUGCUACAAAAAUUAGUAUCUCCUGCACAGAACACAAGGGGUGAAUCAUCUUGAAAAGGAAGGAGAAGGAAACCUUCCUGGUAACAUUGUCUUGCAAAUACUUCUUAGAAGAUGCCCAGCUGAAACAAUGCAGACGAAGCUUUAUCAAUAAAGUGCUUAGUAACAGAUACUACAAAAUAAAUCACCUGCUCCCAUCAGCAUCUCUUCAUUUUAUUAUUGAGGCAUGUUGUAUUCCUAGUCAGUGGUUAGCAAUGUGGUUUUAUUAAACAACUUACUAGAAUACUGGAAGAUGUUUAGGAGGAUUUUAAACAAUUUUUCUGUCAACUAUAGA